ACCUUUUUCUGCACCUUUUCAUAGGCCUAAGGUUACGGGCACAUCAGUGAGUCUGAGAACACACGUCUUGUCUCAAAAUGCCGGCUGCACCACAACCUGCCUCCCGCGAUGAAUCUAAUGGCAUCAAUGCCAUUCUUCUAGGACCGCCAGGUUCUGGAAAGGGCACUCAAGCCCCGAUGUUGGCAGAAAAGUACUGUGUGUGUCACUUGUCAACAGGUGAUAUGCUGAGGGCGGUGGUGGCCUCGGGCAGUGAGCUGGGCCAGAGGAUCAAGGGCGUGAUGGACGCCGGUCAGCUAGUCACUGACGAGCUGGUGCUGGAGAUGGUCAACUCCAACCUGGACAAGCCGGAGUGCCGUAAUGGCUUCCUCCUCGACGGCUUCCCUCGCACUAUUCCUCAAGCUGAAAAGCUGGACGACCUGUUAGAGAAGCGUAAGUCCCCCCUGGACUCUGUGGUGGAGUUUUCCAUCGACGACUCGCUCCUGGUGCGGCGGAUCACCGGCCGCCUCUUCCACAUCAAGAGUGGGCGGAGCUACCACGAGGAAUUCAAUCCACCCAAGGUUUCCAUGACUGACGACAUCACCGGGGAGCCUCUGGUGAGGAGAUCGGACGACAACGCGGAGGCACUGAAGAAACGCCUGGACUCGUACCACCGACAGACCAAGCCCCUAGUCGACUACUACUCCAAGCGGGAUCUGCACGUGGCCGUCGACGCCGCACAGCCGCCUAAAGUGGUGUUCUCCGCAAUCCAGUGCAUCUUCUCGGCCGCCAAGUCUAAGGACCAGGUGUAUUUCAUGAGGAACUGAAAGAGGAACGACGGAUGGACGGACGGACGGACAGACAAACGAGGA